AGGGUGAAAAUACUCUACUUUGUGAAUAGAUGUCUCGCUAUACACUCAUACAAUUCUCAACACAAAUGUAUUUCAUGCAAGGUGUGUAUAUGGUCAUUCCAAUCUUAUUUUAAAUCUCUUGCGACAUUCCUGACGGCUGACACUCAUUUUGACACCGCUAUGUGUCAGGGAAUAGUGCCUCAGACCACUUCUAUCUUUAAGUUUUACCAUACAGCUGACACUCAAUCCUGUGACAGUUGCUGCCAGCCUCCUGAUAACUACCUGUCAGGCUGCCACCACACCUACGCUCUCCCUACUGAAGGCAGACGGUCACGCCAGACUUGUUGCUGCUGCAUGGCGCUCAUGGUGGUGCCUGGUCAUGCACACGCCAAGGCCCGUCUUCCGGGGAUGGGGAGCCCCGUGAGCUGGCCGUGGCCUGAGUGGUGGGUGGCAGGCUGGGCAGCGGCCUGCUGCCGCUCGAACUCUCAUUUCAUGUCUUGUCAUCACCAUUCUUCAGUACUUUUUUGGUAUGCCUUCCAAUUUAUCCCUUCAUCCCCUAGUUAUUCUCCUGAAGCUGAUGAAUUCUGAAAGCUCAACAUUUUCGCAUGUUCUACAUGCGAAAUAACUGUUCCCUCGUAAUACGCAGGCUCAGGCCAACUCGGCAGUAUUUUCACAGCUCAAGAGUUUCCCACGAGAGCGGCUGGCGGUGACUGGCUGCCAGGAUGUGCAUCUGGGCAUGAGCAGACCACUUCACCAUCACCCUCCUGCCCAGGGGUGAGGAGAAGGGUGAAUUUUUGCAAGAAUGAUGUAAUACCAGCCACCUUUCAGCUUUGGUCACUAUGGGGACCCGUGCAGCAGCCUUUACUGCCAAGAUUCGAAACUUGACAGAUUACCACUUACGGCUUCUCCAUGGAGUGGUACCACCCCCUUCCGGAGUUGACAUUGCCAAUACUCUCAAAUACUUUUCUCAAACACUUCUUGGGCUGCUGCGGGACAUUCAGGCUCGGCCGCUGGACAUGCUUCACCACCGUGCACAAGACAGUGAGAGGCUGGCACUUUUUCCAAACCUGGAUUACCUGGGUCUUCACCAGGCACUUGUGGCUCUUGUUGAUGUCAUGCCUCUUAUACAGUCCGGGACUCAGGGGUUUGGGCAGUCCCUGCUGAACACACUGGCUUGUCUGGUAGUGUUCCUGGAGAGGCAGGUCAUCGACACAUUGCCAUAUCUUAUUGCAUCAAUGAUGACUGCUGUGCCUGAGCCGCUACACCAGCAACUCAUCACUACUCUCUGCUACUACAUUCUGCCUGUGACUGUGGGUGCAGCAGUGGAGGAAGGAGAGGAGGAAAACUAUGCCACUGCCUCUGUUCCAGCUGUUCUUAUGAUGGUCUUCCAGUACACUGACAACUCAGCCUACCAUUGUGAGCUUCUGGAGAGCCUCAUGGCCCUCAAGCCAGAUAUUGUCAAGGACCUGUUGUGUGUCAUUGCGUUCGGCACCCCCUCCUCCCGCCCACCUGCUGCCAACCUUCUCUUUUACUACUGGCCAAGCCUCAACCCAACUCUGUAUGAUCGUAGAGGAAUUCACAUCAAGUUCAGUGACAUAUCAAGUGUGUUGAAGGCAAUGUUCAAUAAAUCGGCACAGGCCGCGAAAAGUGAUUCGAUAUCCCAGACUGCAAAUUCUGACAGUGGGGAAUCGAAGAGUCCAAAAGGUUGGAAGCCUUUGCUGUGCCAGAUUGAGGAGUGUGAUGGUGAUGGCACUAGUGAAGCUGUCAAGGUGUGCCUGGACCAUGCUGUAUGCCUCAGUGCCUGUCCAGACAACCCACCACCCCUCUACCUCUGCAUAGAUUGUGCUGAGGAUAUCAAGCGAGAGCACAACACUGUGGAGUUCUUUGACAUCCUCAUGCCAAUGGCACAGGUUUCUGCCACUUGUGAGAACAAGAAUUGCCGCUCUACUGAGAAGAAUGCAAUUGCUACCUGCUUUAGUAUGGAAUGUGCUAGCUACAACAUCAACCGGCCCAUCCGCUACUGCUCACAGUGUAAUAACAUCCGCCACAACAACCGGCGUGGAACAGACCACAUUGUGCACACAACUAUUGGCUCACCUUGGGCCAUGGAGCCACAGAUGCAGAAUUUCACCAUUGAGGCCAUUGUCAGCUUGCUGAAUGAAGCCCAGCCAUACGGAGACAAGACAAAGAGCAAAGACCAGGAGCGCCUCAAUAGAGCUGGACUUCUUGAUGACCUUGACAAAGGUGAUGGCCCCAGCCCUGAGGAGGCACGUCUGUUGAGUCGAUAUGGAGUGUGGUUGAUUGUCAGCUUGUGUGCCCCGACUUCUGACACACCGCCAGAGGUGUUGGGUCGUCUCCUUGCAGCUCUUUGCCACUGGUACAAUGCAACACAGUAUUUACCUGAUGACCAGCAACGCACCUCCCUUGAGCGACUCAAGUCAGAAUAUCUUCACAACUGGCUGCAAGAUGUGUGCAAGAGCCACUUUGAAGUGUUUGUUGGAUGCCUCAUGCCUCAUCCAGUGGAACAUGCAAGAGUUGGGGGUCACUGGGAUGCACUGGCUACUCGCACAGACCACAUCAAGGAAGGCUUCAACAGGCUGUUCUGCUUAGUGACACAUGAGCUGGUGUCACUUCAGGUAUGGGACCGUGUCAUGCCGCACUGGAUGGAGGCCAUUCACAACGAGAUACCGGAAGAAGAGCGGGAUGAACUCAAAAUCACUCUCAACAAACUCUUGGACUCGGACAUGAGCCCCUUGGGGUUCGAUGCAGCCCAGAUGUAUCAGUUCAUCACCCUGCGCUUCAGCAAGACCUCUGCCAGUGUACAGGAACAGACACUUUCAUGGCUGCAGAUCUUGUCAUCUCUGAACAUUGUGGUGUCAAUGGACCUCCUGCUGGGCAUGUUCAGUGAAGGCGUGUUGUCCCUGUGCAAUACAUCACUCCCGUCCAGGAAGACCAGCUCAUCCACCCGUCCAGAUUCUUCUGUUCUGGAGCCAGUGGUGGAGGAUGACCUUGGUAGCAGCUCUGGGCUCUCUGAGGAGGACCACCCACCCUCAGACCACCCUGAAGACCACUACUCCAACCCUCAGCUCAUCCUCACCUGCUUUGUUCUGAUGUUGGAUGUUCUCUUCAAGCAGAUGGAGGUGCAGGAACUGGAGCGCCAUCAGGGUACAGAAGCGCCCCAGAGCCAGUCCAUCAUGGUCCUUAUCCGAGACAUGCUGGCUGCCCCGUGCCUGGCCCCACACACUUGUGACGGACACCUAGACUGCACCACCUGUGAACUCACCACCACCUUUUUCCAACUGGCCAUGGAUGUGGUGGCCUUCUUGUGCCCUCGGAUGGCUAUUCAGAAUAACAGGGUUGCAGACAUAAUUCCACCAGAAAUGGAGUCCUCCCAGACCACCAAGAGUCCUGAACUCUCCACUACACAGGACCCCCAGAGUGGCAGCUGCACCCAGUCCCCACGGCCCAGCAGCCUCCUCACACCAAGGGAUGUGGGACUUAUUUCUAUGAUGGCCAACAUGCCCCAGAUUGUGACAGCAACAGUGGAGACAGUAGGCGAACUUGACUUGGCCAACAUUCCCCAAGAAAAUGUGGUGAAAGCUGUGGCCCGAGCUGUCACUCUCACCGAGGAGGAUGUGGCACAUGCCACAGCAAAUGUUGCACAGCCAAGUGUGGUGGGAGAGGAUGACCAGCCUAUUGACCUUACAGCACAGCCUGAUCAGGAUGCUGCUUCAGAUUUUUGGGAAACCUCUCAGGGACGGUUCAAGUUCAGGCUGGAGGAGCUGCCGUCACACCUCCAAGUGAUCCAUACUCUCCUCAAUCGUUUAGAAGAAUAUGAGGAUGGAGAUGUGCUGUACCACAUCUGUGAGUGCCUGAAGUACCUGGUGCUGCACGGGGAAGCGCUGGCUCAUGCUGCAAGUGAUCACCGAGGCUUCCUCAUCUGGUGUCAGGAGAAUAAAUCCAUCAGGAUCAUGUGGUCACUGCUGGAGGCUGAAUGGUCCCAGGUGGCAGAGGUGUGUGUGGCACUGCUGCUCCACUUCAUUACCCUUCCCUGUGGUGCUGACAUAUUCUGGAAGCUCUGUGAGAACCAGUUCAACCACCAAGACUGGAAAGUUCGCUUUCAGGCUGUGGAGAAAGUGGUGGUCAUGGGACGAUUCCUGGGGAUGUCCUCAGUGCACCAGUGCCCAGGACUUCAGGCAGCCAUUGCACAUGCCUUCUGCUUCCUCAUCUCCUCUCUGGAUGACAUCAGUGUGGCAGUGGCCCAGCGUGCCUACCUAUACCUCACCACAUUGCCAGACAGUGGCUUGCGUGCCCUGUGCUGGUGUCUAGAACAGCAGUUUGACAGCGUGAUCAUGGACCGCCCAAUGAUUCUGCAAGCCCUUCAUCAACUCAGUUCCCGCCUUCCUGAUCAGCGUAUUCUAUCGUGGGAGUUUUUCUUCAAUCGUUUUGAUGCUCUCUAUCUUGAGGCUCAGAUUGCUCUUGAGAAAUAUGGAGAUAUUGCUUUCCCCCGAGAUCUGAGAAAUUCAGACAUGACAAGUGAUGUGUUUGAGCGGAAGCUGAGCCGUGCCAAAGAUGCCCUGACGCUGGUGCAGAGUGCCAGUGUGCGAACCCUCUCAGGAUCCCUCGGCACCAAAUGGCCCUAUAAAAGAACCAUGUCAGCCCCAGCCAACAUGCUCAAUAGAGCUGUAGAGAAGCAGGUCCAGGAUAAAGAGAAGGAAAAAACAUACCUCCGCCAGGCGUCUGCUCCGUUGCUUAAGCGCAAGAGCUCAAAAUUUGGGCUCGGUCAGUGCAUAGGCUCAUACCUGUCUGAUCAUUUAGCCACAGGGGACGGGGGGGUGCGAUGUGGUGAUGAUGGCUCAGUGGUGCACCAGCUGCAACGAGCCAUGGAAUUGGAGGAGACAGACAAGGACACACUUCAUCUUCUUGUCUUCCUCUUCAUGCAGUUCCUCUCACAACCACAUGCUGGUGGAGUUGAGGACAAGAGCAGUCUGAAGAUGAUGACCCUGGUGCUGCGCCACAUCAGUGUGUUGAUGGGCUUCAGUCCCCAGGAACAGUGCUUCUCCAUCUCCCCAUCAAGACUCAGAUGUUCCCCAGUCUUCAAUGCAUUCCUCUCCAACUUACCACAUGUACUGGACCACAACUUUGGCAUGGGCAAAUUGUUGCUGCCCACCUGCCUACCAGUGCUGCAGUUCUGUGCUGCUCCUCACCGGGUGUUGGACCUUCGCUACCCAACCUUCAGUCUUUGGUGUCUUCAGCCACACCCGCGUCGAUACUGGCUCAAGUCUGUGCUGACGUUUCUCUAUAAAUAUGAAUAUGGACAACAGCAGCUGUCAUCCCAGGCCCUCUCACUGGUGCGUGUUGUUCUCAACACUCUUGAUAGUCACUUCCAUCGUUGCCGUAAGGUGGACGACCCAGCGCUGUGUGGAGCCAGCUCAGCAUACUCUCGAGAGUUAAGCCAGGGGUCCAUAGGUGGCAAUGAAGGAGACCAUGGAGCUGGUGGUGAGUCUCCACCCCCAUCACCUGGCCUGCAUCCUGCCCCUACUCGCUUCCAUCCAACCUCUGGUGCACCACAUCAGCUUUACUCCAACCAUCGGUCUGCCUUUGUUCCUGUGGACCCCAGGGUUUUCCAUGGACAUCUCAAGCUUGGUGGUGAAGAGUCUAGGAAACCAAGAAAGGCCAAUGAACAAAGCCAAGGUCCAGAUGGAGAAGAAGGAGAGGGGGAACUGGAGGCUAUUCCUGAGAGUCCCAAGACAGAUACACCCAGCAUGCAGGAAUCAUUUGGAGAGACAGAGGUGUGUGAGGGUCUGGUUAGGGACCCCCACCACUCUCAUGCCACUGCUGCCACUGCCUCUGUGGUGGUGCCUCCAGCCCUCAGUGCCAGAGCUGUUACUUCUGUCAUGGCCUCCCAGAUCCAGGCAUUUGAUGAGUCUUUCACCGUCAAAUCCUUACAUACUCAUUUGUGGUUAUUGUGUAUGUAUUCCAUAAGCUGUAUUGGCUUUGAGUCUGUGAUUCACAACGUUGAGCUUGCUCCAUUGCAGCCAGAGACAGGAACAGCAGCAACAGCCGGGAGUAACCAGCACCACCGUCACCACCACCACUAUUCUGAGGCUGACCACACAUAUCCCAUCCAUGUAUAUUGUCUAAAUGCUCUUUACACACUUUUAACACAUGUCCUACAGAGGCCAUCUCGAGUAGAGACAAAGAAGACUCAUCAGACCACCACCAGCAGCAGUAGCAGCAGCAGCAGCUACCUCUCUCCAAAGGCCAUUCCUCCCCACAUGUGGGCUCCUUCAUCAGUUAAGGGUUUCCAUCCCAUUGACCCACAAAGCUACACUAAGUACAACCCUGAUGCUGCGUCCUCCUCUCAUGAGCGGCUGUUGCCAGUUGGGCUGGGCUCAGAAAAAUGCACCACAUCAGAAGUUGGGUGUGGAGUGCAGGAAGCAACAGUAGGGGAGGGAGAGCCACAGAUGGGCCGUGUGGUGGUGCAGGAAGCCCCCAGACUGGAGGAGGCUGUGGUGUCCAAGGUGACAGUGGAGGAGGCAGUGGGAGUUCAGCAGGCAAAGCAAAUAGUCAGUGUGGAUCCCCGCCAUGCCAGAGUCACAGGAGAGGAUGUGGCCACAUUCCGCCACCACUGCUCCCCACAGUCUCCACUUUCCCUCAUGGACUUGAUGACAUUAGGAUCACCAGUUGAAGUGGAUGAACAUGGAGCAGUGGUGGACUCUCCAGGAACCAAGGCCAUUUCUCCACCCAAUGCACUGGAGCUUCCCACACCUGAGAGGCUCCUGCCUGUGGGUGGAGAAAAGUCUACACCCAGCAGAAAGCUGGAUGACGGGCAGCCAGGGUCCAUUCUUGAAAGAGUUUGGCAGGCAUUUGGUGAUUGGGCUAAUGGCAGCAAUAAGUCACAAGGUCAAAGUGAGUUUGUCUCGGCUCCCUACGCUGUCGGCUGCCUCGACGCGCUGGUUGCUCUUGGCCACGGUGUACCCCGCUACCCUGAUGCUCAGGGCUGCCGGGAUGGUGGUGUUCCUCGUGACCCUGAUGCUGAAGUGCUGCACCGCCAUGAGCGGUGUGCUGCUCGACAGGAAUGGGAGCAAGAGUUGUCCUCGCUGUGUGGUCGUGAGAAUCAGCUUCUUCACGGACUUGACCGCUGCCUCGGCGUGGCCAUUAGAGCGUGGAUAAUGAGGCGAAGAUACACGAUGCUUCACCCCCAUCGAGCCAGGAAGCGUCGUACCGAUGAAGAAGUGAACUGCGGUCCCCGUCAGUUCUCAGGAGGACAGGCACGCCCGUGUCGGCGAACACACUCCGAAGGACACGAACGAGCUGAUCCGCCGAUGCUGGUCGUGAACAUGCAGACACGUGAGGCCACCCAGACAAGCGAUCUACAUACACAAGGCCAGUACACUGUCUGUCGGGCCCGUCGCUUGGUGCGCUCCAUCCCUGAUGACUGUCAUGAAGCCGCUCCAGGUUUCCCGGCGGAGGCUGUGCGGAAUAAGAAGCCUCGGCCCGUAGACCACCAGGUCGUCAUCAACAGCCAGCAGACUGCGCAUCGGCCAGUACGCACGCAAGCGGUGAUCGAGAUCAUGGCAAUGAUCAGGGAAGCCCUCGAUGAUAACGUUCUUGAGCAAGCUGUACUCCCCGUCUCUCGACGCAGCGGCACGUACCAUUUCCACACCCAGACGAUUGCAGCCAUUUCCAGCUCUAUAACUGCGUACCGUUCUCUGUGUCUGUUACAAAUCUCGAUCCGCAUUGCACCAUUUUCCACUGGUCUCCGUGCUUCUGUAGGAGAACGAAUCCAAAUCCGUGCAUCCUUGAGGCGUCGGUCUGAAGCAUCGUUGGCAAUGAUGGGUCGAAAUAGGCCAAGACAGGUCAACACACAGCCUUACACCAGACGUCUUCUUUGGGACAGGCACGAUGGGGUGGCACCAAGCCGUCGGGUAGUCCACACUCUCGAUGAUCCCCUUGUUAAGCAGCUCGUCCAACUGGCUCUUAAUUUCCUCACGCCAAUUGUUCAAGGUGCUGUCACGGCGAAGGGUCGAGCGUCGUCGGUCAACUCGAUGGCCAUGGAUCCUCCAGCCAUCGCACGUAAAUUUUCAUUUGCUCUGAAGAUGUUAGGGAAGGCUUUGAUCACAGCUGCAGCGUGCUCCGCGCGCUGCUGUGUCGGAUCGAAAAUCUUUAGGGAGGAUUCCGAGAGCGAUAGAAUCGUACCAGCUAAGCAACGCCCCCUUCACCUCCUUCACCACACUCACAACAGUUUCUGCUUCCCUGUCGCCCAGUUUCAAGUGCGACGAGAAAGUUCCUACGCAGGUGAGAGGGUGAUUACCGGCAGCAUAAAGUCCAUCACCAUCAGCGGGCAUCAAGCUGGAGGGCUGGAUUCCAAGGAGUGUUGCCGUGUCGAGGCCAAUAACAGUCAUCUCGGCCCCAGAGUCAGGAGUCCACGUAAUCUUGUCUCUUCCAGCAGGAUUUACGGCACACCUUAUCUAUUGCCUGGCAUCCCCUCUUAUUGUUGCGACAAUCUUUACCACAAUGAUAACAACCUGUGGGUUUCGAGCCGCCGAAGCCAUUCUUUGGUGUCUUGGUCUUCUUGUAAUUCGAGACCGCAUUCACACCAUGACUCGAAGCGUGAGAGCUACCCCUUAGUACUGCGCUACACUGGUAUUCACACAUGGCAUCGAGAAUGGUUUUCAACUCCGCGUCUCUUGGUAAACUUAUGCCGUAGCGAAGAGUUCAAGUCCACUCGUCAUCUAGGACAGCAGCUAGUGCAGCCCUCUGCUCAGCCAGGGAGAGACAGUCUAUCCUGGCGAGUGUCACGUAUCCCUCAAACUUGUGACGCCACGUGUCGAACUCAUGUAACGACGCUGACGCUGUCAACCGGGCUAAGCAUUCCUCUCGCUGACUCUGCUCCUGAGCCUUCUGAAUUUCCUCCGACUGCCACACUAGCAGAGCAGUCAGCGCCUCCAGUUGCUUCUCCAUUCUGCACCGUUUGCUGUACCCAUUGCAGGCUUGCCUUGAUCCUACUCACUGCGCCAUCUUCUAUCCUUGACUGGCAGUGGGCACAGGAAACACAGGCAACAGUGCAGGUGUUUAUUCACAGUGUGUGUGAACAGAAGGCUGGAGUCUCUCUCUCUCUCAUUCAUGUAAUUUCUUGUCUACCUUCACUCUUCAUCCUUUCCAGGAGUGAAAGGAAUGACAUCCCCUCCUUACAUGGGGCCAGACUUUCUAUUGGGACCACUCCAGGGCCUCCUCCACCACCCUCUAUCAAACAGUCAGCCCUUAGAGUGGGAGAUGACUGCAUGGUGUACAGAUGCAUGGAAUGUGGAGAAGUACUGGAAGAAUUCUCAAAUGAUGAUCUUGGCCUCUGUAUCAUCAUCCUGUCAACUUUUGUGUACCGGCAGCCAGGCCUUGCUGCACCACUCCUCCCCAGAAUGCUCAAGACUGUUGCCAGAGUUGCUGGGAGUGAGAUGUUCUCCUGGCAAUACGAGAGUCCCGUCCACCUGCCAGGCUCAGCCACCAGUAUUGGUAGACAAUUCCUGCGUUGUGUUCUGCACCAACUGGCACCUAACCAAAUCUUCAAUCAGAUCUUCAAUACCAACAUUGAGGUGUCACAGCGUGUGCAGCUCUUCAAGACUCUGGCACAGGCACUUAAUGACUUCAAUGAACUCAACCCAUCUGCCCCCAUUCAGCUCCUGCUUGAGAAUCUGAACAGCUGUAAGGAAUUGCCAAUGGACAACCUGACACACCUGCUGUCCAAUGUGGCGUGUUACAUGGAAUGUGUAGGAAUAGAAAGUGGGGGAGGUACCAUUGGAAGUAUUCUGUCUCCCAGCUUGGUGCCAUUGUUUGAUGCAUUUCUUCGCAAGGUUGUGCUGUGUGUGGCAGCACUAGGAGACCUUGACUCUGUGUUGAGAGUGCUUGUGGCUGUACUGCGCAUUCCUGGGGUAGUAGCACACAAGAGCAUCCUUGAUCCAGUGUCCAAGCUGCUGAGUUAUGCCAUACAGAAUUCAGCAAUCAAUUAUGACCACCUCAGCAACCUUUGUCACCUGUGUAAUCGCAUCUUCUCUCGGGAACGGGACAAGUUGCUGCUGCCACGACUGGUGGUGUAUGAGUUGGUGCAGGCACUCAAGUUCAAGACAUCCAUCCCAGACACCAAUUUGAUUCUUCUAGUGCAGCUUGUGCUUCAAGACAGUGGAGGGACCUUGGGGAGUAAUACAGUGGUGGGAGAUCUUCCAAGGGAGCUGCAAGACCCACACCACCUUCCCAACACCUGUGCUGCGGAGUGUAUGCUCUCCCACCUUCAUGACGCUCUGGAGUUCAUAGCAGAUGUGCACACCCUCACUAAAGUCAAGUCCAAUUGCCACAGUGGUAGCGUGGGCCUUAAUGAGGAUACCAUGGGGGGACUAGUGAAGGCUGGCAUAUCCCAGUACUUGGCACUGGAAAUAACUCGUGGUAACAGCCGGGACAACCGUGCCAUCUCCAAGUACCUGCCGUGGCUCAAUAAUCCACCGACUGCUGUCCAGCAAGGACCACGGGAGUUCAUAGACUGUGUAGCUCACAUCCGGCUCCUCUCGUGGCUCUUACUGGGGGCAUUGACCCACUCCUGCCUGGCGGGUGCCUCCCCUGCCAUGGUGUGCCAGCCCAUCCCUCCUGAAGCUUCAUGCCAUAUUGCUGACCACAUCCAGGUCAUCCUGGCAGGAUUUGCUGAGCAGUCCAAGGCAUCAGUUCUUCACAUGUCCUCCCUCUUCCAUGCAUUCAUCUUAUGCCAGCUGUGGACAGUGUAUCUGGAGCAAGGUGCGGGGAGCCCUGGGUCGGACACCUACAGCAGUUCUUGUGCUAUUCUCACGGACUUCUGGGCAAAAGUGACUCCAGGCAUCUUACAGCUGGUGUCUCAUUCCAAAGUGGAAUCUGAAACAGCUCAGCUUGGAGAGAUGGUGAAUCUUCACUUCCUGAGUCUGAUGGAGGCUCUUCAUGAGUGCCACUCCACAGUGCUCACCAAGCUGCUGCCACUCUGGGCCCCCGUCCUCUACACCCACCACAUCAAGCUUCCUGGCCAGCUCGCGGUGAGGCUGCAGGCAUGUCAGGAUGCUGCACCACCGGUAGAAACAGAGGCACCUAGCGACGCCGUAGCCCCAGCUCCCGGCUUGCUUCGCUGGCUGCAUCGCCUUCAGUUCAAGAUGGGACAGAUAGAGUUGCAGUCAUCUGCAGCCACACAAUUCUAUUCAGUUUAAAGGCCUGUAGUGUGUGUGUGUGUGUGUGUGUGUGUGUGUGUGUUACUGAAGUCAACAUAUUAUUUUUUUUUUAUUGAUUAGUGUUUCAAUAAUCAUGAGGAUGCAGUGUGUAUUUUUGCCAAGUUUUGCCCAGAAAAACAUCUCAUUGU